UUCUGCGCGUGCGCGAGACCCUGUCUUGUCACCUUGCGUCUGUGGCAGCCAUGUCAACUUGCGUGUCUGUGCGCGUCUGAAGUAAAAUUUGGCCUUAUUUUGUAACCUGCUAGUCCUGGCCUCGCCCUAUCCGUUUCCCAGGCCCUGGAGGCGGAGAGAAAGAGAAAGCAUGUCUGCUUUGGAGCCGGGGACGAGAAUCUCCACGUCGCUGUUGCUGCGCAGGUCCCUGGAUUUCUGCACGCUGGGGGAUAUGGAGAAAGCAAGAAGAGCUACCAGGAUACAGAAAAAUAUGACACAGGACUUAGUGACCUUUGAAGAUGUGGCUGUAUACUUUACCAAAGAGGAGUGGGCUUUGCUGGAUCUUAUUCAGAGGGACCUCUACAGAGAUGUGAUGCUGGAAACUUUCCAGAACCUGGCCUCACUAGGGUACCAGCUACCCACAUCUCACCUGAUCUCCCAGUGGGAACAAGAGGAGGACCUGCUGAGAGUAGAGGAAGGCAUUAUCCAGCCCACUUGUAUGGAGGAACGACAGGAAGAUUCAGGUUUUGAGACUCAACUCAAUACUAAUGAAUUAGUUGUUCGUCAAGGGAGUGAUGAAGAGAAAGUAUCCAGGGAACAUAAAAUAGUAAGAUUCAAAGGAAUUGGUUCUGGUUCCUUUAUUUUACAUGAAAAUUUGGAACCCUAUGAUACUGAUGAGCAGAACAGAAGCCAUAAGAGACAUUUGAGUCACAUGGUGGAGAACUUCGAUGAAUACAAUGAAGAAAAUCAGUGUCAACAUAUUCCAAAUUUUACUGUGCUCAGGAGAACUCCUAAAGUAAAAUCCUAUGAAUGUCACAAGUGUGGAAAGGCCUUCCUGCUUCAUUCAUCUCUGAAGAAUCAUAUCAGAUCUCAUACCGGAAGCAAACUCUACCAAUGUCAGGAAUGUGGGAAAGCCUUCCAUUUUCAUGCUUGUUUUAAGAAGCAUAUAAAGAACCCCACUGAAGAGAAGCCCUAUGAAUGUAAGGAAUGUACCAAGAUCUUUAGCUGUUCCUCGUUCUUUAGGACACAUAUGAAGAUUCAUAGUGGAAAGGCGAAUUAUGAAUGUAAAGAAUGUGGGAAAACUUUCAGUACUUCUUCAUACCUCACCGAACAUAAACGAAUUCAUAGUGGAGAUAAGCCUUAUGAAUGUAAGGAAUGUGGGAAAGCUUUUAGUUGUUCAUCAUCACUCUCCAAGCACAAAAGAAUUCACAGUGGGGAUAAACCAUAUGAAUGCAAAGAAUGUGGGAAGGCCUUUAGUUCUUCCUCCCACCUUAUAAUACAUAUCAGAAUUCACACUGGAGAGAAGCCUUAUGAAUGUAAAGAGUGUGGGAAGGCCUUCAGUGAGUCCUCAAAACUCACUGUACAUGUGAGAACACACACUGGAGAGAAACCAUAUAAAUGUAAGGAAUGUGGGAAAGCCUACAAUUGCCCCUCCUCCUUGAGUGUCCAUAUGAGAAAACAUACUGGAGAGAAGCCCUAUGAAUGUCUAGAGUGUGGGAAAACCUUCUAUCUUCCCACUUCCCUGAAUACACAUGUAAAAAAUCAGAGCAGAGAGAAACCAUAUGAGUGUAAGGAAUGUGGGAAAGCUUUCAGUUGUCCCUCAUCCUUUAAAGCACAUGUGAGAGAUCAUGCUGGAAAGGUUCGAUAUGAGUGUAAGGAGUGUGGGAAGGUCUUCAGUCGUUCCUCAUCCCUCACAGAGCACUUGAGGACUCACAGUGGAGAGAAGCCUUAUCAGUGUAAGGAGUGUGGCAAAGCCUAUAUUAGUUCCUCCCAUCUUACAGUUCAUAGAAGAACUCACACUGGAGAGAAACCUUAUGAAUGUAAGAAGUGUGGGAAAGCCUUUAUUUAUUUUUCAGCCCUUAGAAUCCACAUGAGAACACACACUGGGGAAAAACCAUAUGAAUGUAAGGAAUGUGGGAAGGCAUUUCGACAUUCUUCAUAUCUGACAGUCCAUGCAAGAAUGCACACUGGAGAAAAACCCUUUGAAUGUCUGGAAUGUGGGAAAGCCUUCAGUUGCCCCUCAUCCUUUCGGAGACACGUGAGAAGCCACACAGGAGAGAAACCCUAUGAAUGUAAGGAAUGUGGGAAAGCCUUUAUCUGUCCAGCCUACUUUAGAAGACAUGUCAAAAUCCAUGCUAGAGAAAAUAUAUGAACAUAAGGAAUAUGAGAUUAUCUGCAAGGCUUUUUCUUUUUUCUUUUUUUUUUUUGCAAGGCUUUUUCUAAUCUUAGGCAACUUGUGAAGUUUCACACUGGAGAUACCCAAUGAAUGUGAGAAGACUUAAAGUCACCUAUGUGAAACCCUGUGUAUGUAAGUGAUGUGAUAAAGCCUUCUUAAACAUCACUUCACUUUCUGCAUGUAAGAAAAUUCAUGCCAGGAAAGGUUACUUCCUCAUUCUUCAAGCAGUCUGCUGACUCAUUGAUUUUUACUGUUUUGUAAUGACAUUAAAGAUGUUAAAUUUACCUUUUUAGGUCUAACUAGAUGCUUUUUUACUAUGAGAUGUGUUUGUUUUGCCUCACAUAUAAGUGUUCUUUCCAGUUUUAUAAAGCCUUUUAGACUUAUGGGUUAUUUGAAAUAUAUAUAGUGAAUCUUUGACUUGCGAUCAUUUGAGUUGUGAACUUUCACAGGUGUACUGAAUAAGACUCUCUUUGUUGACCUACAUAUGAGUCCAACUUAUGAACAGUUCUGCUGGGACCUUGUUCAUAAGUCAGGGACCUACUGUAUGUAUUUUGAAGCAGAGUCUUGCUGGCUUUGAACUCCUGGGCUCAAAUAAUCCUCCUUCCUCAGCUUUCUAAGUAGCGAGGACUGCAGGCACACACCACUGUAACUAAGUGAAGGAUAUUUUUUUUUGUAUGUAGGUGAAGAGGGUCUUUUAAAAGUUAUUUACCAAUUCUUACUGUUCUCUUAAGUCUGUAGUUACAGUAUGGAUGCUUCAGUGUCCGUUGACCUUUUUUUUGGUCCAUGAUGUUAGUUGCCGCCUCUCCCUUUUCAUCUUACAUCUCCUCUUCCUCAUUUAAACUAAGAGAAUAUAUAGCUUUUUUGUUUUGCUUUUUGCUUUUGUUGGUACUGGGGAUUGAACCCAGAGCCCUGUAUAAGGUAGACUAGUCCUGUACUACUGAGCUAAACCUUUAGUCCAGUUUAUUUUUAAUUUUGAGAUACGGUUUUUCUAAAUUACCCAGACUGGCCUGAACUUAUAGUCCUCUUGUCUCAACCUCCCACAUGCAUCGCUGCACUUGGCUAUAGUUUUUGAGAAUAUCAGUUUUACUGUCUAAAGGUUUUCAUAUGUAAUACUACUUUCACCAGAUAUUACUAAGUACAAAAAUUUUGAAAGAGGAUGGUCUCACCUGAUACACUAUUUUCAUAUUUUGUUCUCUGUUCUUGCCCAUAGGAGGGAUUUGGAUCCAAUAUUUUGAGUUUAAAAAUUGUGUUACAUGAACUGGGGUGUGGUUAGGGAUUUCACUUCCCAGAAUCAUUGCUUUUUCGAGUUCCAUCCUGCAGUGUGUACAGUAAUUGGUUGUAAGAGAUUUGGAAGACUCCAGGGAUAAAGUCAGUAUUAUCUGUGUAGUAGGCCUGUUAAGAUGAGUAAAUUUGCAGUGGUCUGGUGGGACUCUGGUUUUCAGCUAAAUUUUCUGUUGGACUCACUGAUCCAUACUUGAUCAAAACUGAACAUUAAGUGCUUGACUGUAGUGUCCUCAAAGGCUAUAGUUCCAUAGACAUCUUCAAGAGCUCCUCCAUCAUGACUAUAUAUCAGCUUCUUGCAUUUUCUGGCAGACUCUGGCAGUCACUCUGGUCCUUCUGCCACAUUAUCUGCCUUCUUAGAAUUGGUCCUUAUUUGGGGAUAGAUUGUUGUCAUGUGCACAGCCCAGUGCUGUGAUCAUUUCGAUCACGAGGAAAGACACAUCUCUGCAAGCCUACCAUGGUUUCAGAAGCAAGUGGAGCUUUUGGCACCAUGGGAAUUUAUGCUAGGUACAACUGAGGCAAUGAUCAGACAGGCUUUGUCCUAUUUUAGUAGAGAAAAUUUUUAUUUGACAUCUUGAAAGAGAGAAGAUUUUACUGUCUUUAUCUGAGAUAAACACUAAAAGUGUUUUGAGUAAAUGUAACUCCUCCUAUUUUUGUCUGUUAAAAAAUAAAUUUCUUCUCAUCAAUCAAGUUUUACUAGUUUUAAGGCAUAUGUACACUAAUAUGCACAAAGUGCUAAUCUGUGUACAGCUUGAUGAAAUUUCACAUUAUGCAGCAUGACAAACACAUUUCCAGGACUUGAAGAAGUUCAUUUUCCCUUUUGUCAAUAACUCCAGAGAAGCAAUCCAAUUAUUACUCAUUACAAUUGAUUAGAUUUGCUUGUUCUUAGUUUCCAAAUAAAUGUUAAAUUACAAUGUG